AUGAUUGCCAAGUUUGUAGUGCCAAUCACCAGUCAAACACACAAAUACUGCAAACGCGAUAACAUUCGUGCCGGUUGGCAAACUGCACUUGGUCGUGCUACUCCUAGCGAGAUGAUUAUACCUACCAUUCGGUGGGACCAAAGGUUGUGCGUCGAAGCUAAAGGACUGCUGGUCGUGGCUGAAGCAUUGCGGGUUUUGGCUAAAGGAAUGUGGGUCAAGGCUAAAGGAAUGUGGGUUUUGCCUAAAGAAUUGCGGGUCGAGGCUAAAGAAUUGCGGGUCGAGGCUAGAGGAUUGCGGGUCGAGGCUAAAGGAUUGCGGGUCGAGGCUAAACGAUUGCGGGUUUCGGCUAAAAGUCCAAUGCAUUCUCAGACUUCAGAAACUAUGUACACACACCGAGCAUUGAAAUCUAUGCUGGCGAUCACAGAACUGCAAGUGAGCAAUAGUCCACGAUCCAAAAGUGGUGUGUGGCCCCAUUGGGUAUCUCCGGAAUUAGAGUUUGAACUUCCAGAUCACACGAUUCCUACCACAACAGGCACACAAACAUUCAUGGUCAGUGCUGAUGAGCUCAAACAGGAAAAACCAGCGUUCUUUGUAAAUACACGGUUCAAUUGA